AUUCCCGCACGCACCCCGAUGUUCGCGCGAACCUUGAACACCGUCACCCUCGCGAGCGCCCCCGCGCGCGCGACGAAGCGCUGCGCGAAGCGCGCGACCGUGGUCGUGCGCGCCGAGGGCGAAACCGAGGCCGAGGCCGCGCCGGCGCCGGUCAAGAAGGCGGCGCGCAAGACGGAUGACCUCGCGCCGUUGUACGUGCUCGGGAACUCUGACCAGUCGUUGUCUUACCUCGACGGCUCUUUGCCGGGCGACUACGGGUUCGAUCCGCUCGGGUUGUCCGACCCGGAAGGUGCCGGUGGUUUCAUCAACCCGCAAUGGUUGGCGUACUCUGAAGUGAUCCACGGUCGAUGGGCAAUGCUCGGUGUGGCCGGUAUGGUUGCCCCGGAGGUGCUCGGCGGCCUCGGCAUCAUCCCGCAAGAAACCGGCUUGGUCUGGUACAAGGCGGGUAUGAUCCCGGCGCAAGGCACGUACGAUUACUGGGCCAACCCGUUCACGAUCUUCUGGAUCAACGCCGCGUUGAUGAACUUUGCUGAACUUCGCCGCGCGCAAGAUUACUGGAACCCGGGCUCCAUGGGCAAGCAAGAACUCAUCGGCUGGGAAAAGAUGCUCGGGGGCUCCGGCGAACCGGCAUACCCGGGUGGUUUCUUCAACAUCAUGGGCCAAGGCAAGUCCGACAUGGCGAAGAUGCGUGUCAAGGAAAUCAAGAACGGUCGUCUUGCGAUGAUGGCGUGCUUCGCGUGCGGCGCGCAAGCCGUGAUGACGGGUGAAGGCCCGGUGAAGAACUUGAUUGACCACGUCUCCGAUCCGUUCGGCCACAACUUGCUCGUGAACUUCCAAAACAUUGGCGGCGUCUCUCCGUUCUAAGCGGGUUGACAUUUAGCUAGUAGCAGCGCUUUGUUUUGUAUGUAAACACAACAAAAGCAUCAUCAAAAA